CAUCAUACGACAUACUACUUAUUGAAGCAUAUCCCCUCUAGCUAAGAAGUGAAGAUUGAAGGUUCCAUCCAUGGCUACUACCAAACUCGGCUUUGUCACUCUCCUCCUCCUCUGCGGCAUUGUUAUGGUGGUGAAUCAUGCAAGUGCCCAAGAAAUGAAACCUUGCACUCUAGAGUGUGACACUCGAGCAGAGUAUAUGGUCUGCCCCUAUAUGAAGGGAAAGACAAAGGUAAAGCAAGUUGCAGGUUCACUUUGUAUGAACUGUUGCGGAGCUGAGAAUCUGGGCUGCAUACUCUUCGAUCAAAAUGACACUCCCUAUUGCCAUGAGGAGGACCGCUCGUUUUUCCGUAAGAUGGCAACCAUGGUUUAGAUCCGGCACCGGCACCGGCACCGGCACCGGCGGUCGGUCCAAUAAAACGCAAACGUCAAGUUUGCUCUAUGUACUGCAUCUAUCUUUGAAUAAUUAGGAUCGGAGAUUAUUAGGCGGCCUACGUACGCCAUCUCCGAUCCUUUGUUUGUACUGAUCUGAGCUUUUGCCGAAGUUAAUGAAGGAAAGUGGUGGAAUUAAUUAA